AGAAUCCCCGCGCCGGAUUUGCCACCUCGCGACCGACGUUCGUCGCCGUCAACGAAAAAUCUACGUUCCGCUUGCUCGUUACUUAUCCACUCGUAAUCUGAAACAUCGCAAUCUUCGCGAUUCGACAAAAAAUGUGCGAGGUGCACGAUUUCGAAGUGCGAUAUGAAGCAUAUGAGCGCUCACGCGCCUUGCCAUACGUCAGUAGUGCGACAAUUGUUUUGUGUUGUUUGUGAACCGCGCAAGAGGGAGAAGGGUGUGCGACAAUCAGUCACGCAUCGACGACUUUGGAAUUUGAAUGAUUGUCACCAGCGACGAGAAUAACAAAUGAAGCAUAAUUGAUUUUUGUUGAAAAUAGAAGCUCGAUAGUGAGAGGCGAAUCAAAUGGCAGGUGUAAAAACCUGUUUGCUUGGAACAAAAGCAUGACAAUGAACGUUAUUAUAUUGUAUGGCGUUCUCGGAGCGAUUCUGCUUGCUUGCAUCCUCGACAUAAGAACGAUCGCAAAACCUGUCUCCUGCUUGGCUGCGUUAAUACUAGGAACAUUGGUCAAUAUAUGGUAUCAGUAUAGAAAAUAUUCACCGAAUCUCGACGAUGUAAUUAAUUCUGGAAGGGAAGACUUAACUAAGAAGACUGAAAGGUUCCGGCAGAAUAUAGUAGACGUAUCCGGGGAGAGGAUGACAUUUACAUUAGAUACAAGAAUAACUGGUAGUCGUAUCAUUGAUGAAUCCCUGCAAGAAAUCCUGGAAUUUACUCUCAGAGAUUAUGUGCAGCCUUGGUAUGGGAAUAUCUCUGAUGACAAGGAUUUCACCUGUUCUGUUCGAGACACUGCUCAAAAAAUCGCCAUCAACGUCGCAAAUCAGGUCAAGAGUGUCGAUUGGAUUCCCUACUUGACCACACGGCUCGUCGACGAUGUAGCCUCGCACGUCAGGCUAUAUCGACAAGCGAGCGCGAGGAUGAAGCAAUUACGAUCAAAUAGGAUCCAAAAGGGUAGCGCCAGCUCGAGCACGUCAGGCGGAACGCCGAAGAAGACGCCUACUCAUCGCCGGAACAAGAGCGAGACCGAUGUGUCGUGGUAUUCGCAGUCGAAAUUUUAUAUACCGAACUUGUCGGCACUCACCGAGCCGAUCGAGUCGUCCGGCGAGGAGCAGGAAGACGAGUCAUUGGAGAAGAUAUUUUUCGAUCUCGAAGUACAGAUGGAGAAUAAUCUGAUAUGCAGGGAUCUGGUGUGUACGAACGACACCCAGGAAUUGGAGUUCCUGGGCGAAAUAUCCGAGAUUCUAUUGUACCUGGUGCUACCCAAGGCGGACUUCGAUUGUUUGACUAUGAGAUUUAUAUUAAGGGAGUUGUUAGUGAACGUUAUAAUCAGACCGUUGUUAGAUCUGUUCUCCGAUCCUGAUUACAUUAAUCAGGCAUGUAUAUGGCUGUGUACUAAGGAGGGUGGUUUACCAAGUGAUAUCUUUUUAACAGUGAUUAGAAUAACAGACAGUUUAGACGAAUUAAUGGCGACGAAGAAUAUAAUUUGUAAAGAAAUAGCGCACCUGCGCUCGAAGGAUUCGGGCGGGGACGACGAUCUAUCGGUGAAACAGCAAUUGAACAGUUUGCUUUACGUGAAGAAAAUCUUGGAAACAAGAAUCAUCGGCAUGCAGGAAGGCUUAGAAACUGAAACGGACGGGAUCGGCGCUCAACCGGAAUGGAAUAGACUGCUUAUACCGGGCCAAAAAUUAGUUAAUUUACCUCUAGACGAAUUGCUGAAGAAUAACAUUGCGCUCAGCUAUUUCAUAGAUUACAUGACUUCCAUAAAUGCGGAAGCGUAUCUGUUUUUUUAUCUGAAUAUCUACGGAUGGAGAGUCUCGGCCGAGCAACAGAUAUCGGACAUAGAAUUGCAGAAGAUCCAAAGCGCUCAAUCUGGCACGGGCGCGAUCGGCGCUAGACGCAAGAAUCCGGAUCUGGACAAUCUGAAGGAAGCGGCCACGAAGAUCUACCAACAGUACCUUAGCGACAAAGCGUCGCCCAAGCUGCAGCUGGACGACGCGCUGGUGAAGACUUUAUUGACGAGAAUGAAAACGGAAACGGUCAAAGAAACGUGGUUCGACGAGCUACGAAACUGCUGCUACGAGAAGCUGCAGAACGAGGACAGAUUCUUGCCGGGCUUCAAGAGAUCGCUGCCUUACGUCAAAUUGCUCGCCGAGCUGGAUCUGCUGAAAGAUCCGGUGUCCGAGGAGGACGCCAAGUCCUUGGACAGCAUAAGCUUGUCCAGCACGAACAAUGAAUUGGACACUUUGGAGGAGCUGGCCGAGGAACUGACAUACAAAGUCGACGAUACAAAGCUUACCGUCGCGAAAGAAGGCGCCAAGAAGUCAAACUCCUCGACGAGCUUGACGAGCAUAGGCGAAGUGAACGAAAGCAGAGCAUCUGAUGAAGUGGACGCGGACAUGAACAACUUCAAGAGCGUGAAAUACACGUGCAAGGAGGCCAUUGCGGAAAUAGAGGAAGUCGGCAAGAAGGACAUUUCGUUUUACGUGGAAACGAACGCGGAGCAAUUCGUCAAGCUGGACGAGAGCAACUACGAUCAGAACGCGAUUAAGAAGCUGCAGCAGGGCCGCUUUGAGAUCACUGCCACAAUCAUAGAAACUGGCAUCGUCAGCGAUCGCGGGAAAACGUACGGCAUAUACGCAGUAGCGGUCACGAAGAAUUACGACUCGGGUUACAAAGAGAAGUGGCACAUUUACAGACGGUAUUCCGAUUUCUAUGAUUUGCACCAGAAAAUUAAGGAAAAGUAUUACGAUCUGGCGAAGAUACCUUUUCCCGCGAAGAAGGCCUUUCACAAUAUGGAGCGCACGGUGUUAGAGAGACGGAUGCUGAUGCUGAACGCUUGGUUGUCCCAACUAACGAAACCUGCGAUCGUGGACGGACACAUGGGACUGCAGAACCUACUGCUAGCUUUCUUAGAGCAAGGAGAUUACGAUAAAGGAGUCACCGGCGGGCAUAUAUCGAGAACGAUAGACAAUUUAAUGAAUCCCUUAAAAACAUCUAUGAAAAGCGUCACGCAGGCAGUGAAAACGAUGCCGGACAACAUGCUGAGUACAGUGGAUGGCGUGAUGGACAACCUAAGCAAAAUUUUCGGCAAUCCUAAGAAAACGAGUAUAUUUUACGAGAAUACCAAAGUUGGCGCUGGUCUAGAUACAGAGACCGAUGAUAACAUUCCGUUGCGCAUUAUGCUGUUGUUAAUGGACGAGAUUUUUGAUCUGAAAGUACGAAAUCAGUGGCUAAGACGGCGAAUCAUAACACUACUGCGACAAAUCAUUCGCACGAUGUUUGGAGAUAUAGUAAAUAGGAGAAUAGUAGAAUAUGUAUCGUUCUUGACCAGCCCGUCGAAAGUUGCGGGAUAUCUGCGCUUGUUCAAGAAUAGCUUCUGGCCGAAUGGAGUGAAGGCUGAGAGUAAACCGCCGCGAGACACGGAGAUGAAAAACAGAACGCGAGUGGCAGCUAAAAUAGCUUUGCUUUCGUGUCUCUCGGACGAACUAAAACAUAUCAUAGGCAGCGAGACGACGAGGCGCGGAUUGUUAAGAGUGUUCGAGCUGUUUCAGCGGCCCGUAUUAAAUAGAAGACUGUUAUACGUGCUGCUAGAAGGUAUCGUAGAGACGCUGUUCCCGCGGAACAAUUUAGUGACAACUUUCAAGAAACUUUAUUCGGUGUCGCCAAGAGUGAAGAAUAAGAGUAAAGUGAAGUCCUGAUGGAGGAACGGUACGGAUUGAUGUCCGAAUGCAAUGGUGAAGGAGCGAUCACGUGGUCAAAAUAAUUCACAGGAUUAGGAAUAUCAUCGAUUUCCCUAUCGAUUUUCAAUAAAGAUACGUCACUUCUUUAGAUAGAAUUAAAGAUUUAUGAUAUUAAGAAGAUAUUCGUGCAAAAAGGUGCCCAAAAGUAAAAGAAACAUAUUCAAAAUAUCUAUGUUUUCGACUCAUUGAGCUCUCAUCUUCUCUGUUUGUACAACGAAAGAUAUUUAAAGAUUAGAGUUAAAUGUCAAUUAUUUUCAGAAAACAAAAACCAACGUUUAUCAUCUUUUUUUGA